AUGGAUGCCUCAAACUUCGCUAUUGGGGGAGUUCUAAUGCAAGAUAGGCAUCCAAUAGCCUUCGAGAGUCGCAAGCUUAAUGACAUAGAGAGGCGCUACAUGGUGCAAGAAAAUGAGAUGACCACCAUCGUCCAAUUGCUUGCGUACAUGGAGGCAUUAUCUCCUAGGACGGAUAGGCAAGCUGAAAGGGUGAAUGCUUUGCUAGAACUAUACUUAAGGCACUUCGUGAGUGCCAACCAAAAGGAUUGGGCUAAGUUUCCAGAUGUAGCCCAGGUUUCAUACAACUUGCAAAGGAGUGAAGCAACCAACAAGAGCCUAUUUGAACUAGCCACAGGGCAACAACCAUUGACUCCUCACACACUAGCGAUGGGCUAUACGGGGAAAAGCCUAGUGGCUUUCAAGUUUGCUAAGGGGUGGCACGAGCAAUCCGAUAUAGCUCGCUCAUACUUGGACAAGGCCACUAAGAAAAUAAAGAAGUGGUCUGAAAAGAAGCAACGUCACACUGAGUAUAAGGUUGGAGACAUGGUGUUUGUCAAGCUCCUUCCUCAACAAUUCAAAUUGCUAAGGCCGGUGCAUAAGGGCCUUUUGAGGAGGUAUGAGGGACCCUUUCCCAUACUUGGGAAGGUCGAUAAGAUAUCCUACAAAGUUAAGUUGCCACCGAGGUUGAAGAUUCAUCCUGUCUUCCACAUGAGUUACUUAAAAACAUAUCACAAAGACAAUGAUGAUCCAAGCCGAGGGUUAUCUAAGAGGGCACCUAUAGCAAUAAUGACCUCCUAUGAUAAGGAAGUAGAAUACAUAAUCGCAGACCAAGUCAUAAGGAGACGAGGCAUGCCUUUGACUACAGAGUAG